UGAGGUGGAGUUGCUGUUGUUGUUGCUGUUCAUACCGCGUGUACCUGGGUCAAUUUAGUGGCCGUACUCACGUGAUUGGCGCUGUAAAUCAAAGUUACAACUUGCAUCUGUGUUAGUUGGCAAUAUGAGAACAAGCGUAUUGGCUACGCCCCAAUGAAACAGCAACAAAAUGUGUAUCUAUCACAAUCGCGAAGUGUGAUCAAGAAAAUUAGCUGAUUUAAAGAACAAAAGCCGCAAUCUCAACUGCAAAUACAUAAGGAGCCAAUUAAAGACAAGUUGCGAAAAUGACAAUAACAUAUACAGGUGAAGUGGCCACAUGUCGUGGCUUUGGCUGUUUUCUCAAACUGCUUCUCAGAUGGCGCGGAAGUAUUUACAAAUUAGUCUGGCUGGAUCUGUUGGCCUUUCUGACAUUAUAUUAUCUACUUAAUCUGGUCUAUCGCUUUGCGCUCAAUGAAGGCCAGAAAGAAACCUUUGAGGCGAUCGUAGCCUAUUGCAACAGUUAUCGUGAUCUCAUACCACUGUCUUUUGUGCUGGGCUUCUAUGUGUCCAUUGUGAUGACUCGCUGGUGGAACCAGUACACUUCCAUCCCUUGGCCGGAUCCCAUCGCUGUCUUCGUCAGCUCCAAUGUGCAUGGCCAGGACGAACGUGGUCGAGUCAUGCGUCGCACGAUCAUGCGUUAUGUGUGCCUGUGCCUGACCAUGGUUCUGGCAAACGUAUCGCCGCGCGUCAAGAAACGAUUUCCUGGCCUCAACAAUCUAGUGGAAGCGGGCUUGCUCAAUGAGAAUGAACGCACUAUCAUUGAGACCAUGAAUAAAUCGUUUCCACGACCCUCGAAGCACUGGCUGCCCAUCGUUUGGGCGGCCAGCAUCAUUACGCGAGCAAGGAAGGAGGGCCGUAUUAGGGACGAUUUUGCUGUGAAAACUAUAAUCGAUGAGCUGAACAAGUUCCGAGGACAGUGCGGAUUACUGAUUAGCUAUGAUACUAUCAGUGUACCCCUGGUUUACACACAAGUGGUUACUCUGGCUGUAUAUUCGUAUUUCCUAACCUGCUGCAUGGGUCAGCAGUGGACGGAUGGCAAAGUCGUCGGCGGCAGCAGUUACCUUAAUAAGGUGGACUUGUAUUUCCCUGUGUUCACCACGUUGCAGUUCUUCUUCUAUAUGGGUUGGCUGAAGGUGGCCGAGUCACUGAUCAAUCCCUUCGGCGAGGACGAUGAUGAUUUCGAGGUUAAUUGGAUGGUGGAUCGCAAUUUGCAAGUUUCCUAUUUAAUUGUAGAUGAAAUGCAUCAUGACCAUCCAGAGCUACUGAAGGAUCAGUAUUGGGACGAGGUGUUUCCCAAUGAACUACCCUAUACCAUUGCUGCGGAACGGUUCCGUGAGAACCACCCGGAGCCCUCGACUGCCAAAAUCGAUGUGCCGAAGAACGCGGCCAUGCCCUCGGGAAUGUCCUCUGUGCGAAUUGAUGAAAUGGUUGGUAAUAGUGGCAACGCCGCCUCUGGGUCAAAGCCGACUGCCAAUGAGCAGCCGCAAGGGGCACCCUUGCAGACAGUUACUUAUGACCUUUCCAAGGCAGCGCCAGACGAGGAGGCUGACGAUGCCAGCGGCAUACACUUCUCGGCAGGCAAUGGCAAAUCGCGCCUGGGACUUGGCUCCUCGCCCAGCCUGGUUAGUGUAUCUGGUACACUUUCACGGGUUAAUACUGUGGCAUCGGCACUUAAGCGUUUACUGAGUCGCGAUGAGAGCCGUCCAAGCUCCGCUACACCAAGCGACGAUCCCGGCAAGUACCGUUUCCCGAACAGCGCCAGUUCUGCAAGCUUGACGGGCUCCAAUCUUGGUUCAUCGGCUGUUAAGCCGGCGGGAAGCAUGCGCAUUACACAGCAGGUCAUUGAGGAGGUGGACGAGCAGGCAACCAUCACAUCGACGCGCCCUUACGAUCCGCGUCCUAAUGUGAAAGAUAUUUUCGCUCCGUCCACUGGUGAGCCACAGCAGCAACCUGGUGGCCAGCCACUGCAACCACCACCGCCUGCAAACAGAGGACCUGAGCAGACAGCGCGCUCCCAGCCAAUGGAUAUACCCAGACGUUCGCCGCAUUAUGAACGCGCUCACUCGCAGUAUGAACCAACGCCAUCGCUCUUUCCGCCUGGUGGUGUGGACGCCUUGCUGAGUACCUCGGCGCCAGCUGGAGACGGACCCUCACUGCUGGCAGCAGACACGGCUCCCAGCUCGCCGCAGGGCGACAGCAGCAAAUCGUUAUUUGAACCACACAGGGCAGCCAGCCGCGAGACAGCGAUUGAGAGACCCGAUGCACCGCAGUUCUUCCGGUGGUUCGUGACGCCCGUCGAAAACCUCGACAUUAAAACAUCGGCCGAUGUGCUGGCCAAUACAGCUGCCGAUCCCGCGCCAGACGUUGGCGAUGACUUCGAGAAGCUAAGAGCUGCUCGCGAAAAGGAAAAGCUGGUGCGCCAGCAAAUGAACUUGGCACGGACCAUUAGCACCGCCCCAGGCGUGGAUGCCUCUGGAGUGCCAGUUGUGGUGCCCGUGGCACUAGUGGCACCCCCAGCGGCUCAACCGAGUGCCCCAACCACAAUGACAGCAGUUGCGUCCAGUGCCGAUUUGCUCGUCGGCACUGAUCCAGUGACCAGUUCAACCAUCAAGUCCGAGGAUGCCACCACAGGAAGUUGAACUGACAGAUAGAGUUUUAUAUUUGGGCAUGCAACACGAAGUAUGCCACAUGUGCUGUACACUUUUUCAAACUACCUUUAAGUUAAUUAGUUAGCGUUAGUUAAUUUAUCUAAGCUACUAAACUUAAUACCUUAACAUGCAGAAUGAUACAAAAGACAAACAGAAACAGAAACAGAUUAAGAAUGCUCAUAACGUUAAAACGAUCUUGAGUGAAAGUGGACCCAUUAGCGCAGUUAAUAUACCUAUUAUUUAUGAAUUAAGUCAACAGUGAUUUGAAUCUACACAAUAAUAUAAGUUUUUCUAAAUGGCCAA